GUCUUAACACAUAAUGGACUAAAUUUUUUCCAGCAUUCGAAAAGCACGAAUAAUCUUAGGAUAAAUUAAACGCGGAGAAAACUAUAUAAACACAAUAAUUAAAUGACAAAUGGAAUGCAUAUAGUUGUUUCACACUUGAAAUUUGAGUAAUUGAAAAAUUGUUUACGAUCUAUUUUAUUCAAAAUAGUAUCUUAAAUGAAUGGCUUUUUAUGAAAUUAUAAUUCGGACAAUAAGUUAGCUUGAUAUCUUUAAAUAAAUUUUCAUCUUUUUAUUAUUUUCUAUCAAAAUAAAUAUUAGUCUUGAAGUUAGACUUCAUUCAAAUUUAUAGUUGCGUCAUAUUAAUUACGAGCUCGCGGAUUUCUCAUUGUAUAUACAUAAUUCGAUUAGAUUGAAUCUUAAAAAUCAAAAUAAAUCGAAAUGCAUUCUUUUAGACACCUAUUUUUUUACAGAAUAAAAAUAAUCAUUGAUUAUUGUUUUUAUACUUUGAAAAAGAUUCUAUCUCCUGGCCAUUCAAGUGAAACUCGUUUAAGUUCAUCAUCACAAACACCAUCUGCUACGCCAUCAACAUCAAGAACAACUAGAAGAACAAAUAAUAAUCGUAACAAUAUGCAAGAUUCAUUACCUCGACCAUCAUUCAAAGAAGAUAAUGUAUCAAAAUCAAUCGCUUCUGGUGUUCAGUUAGAUUCACCAAUUGUUCAUCGUUCCAUAUCGAAAAAUCGUAUAACUGCUGGUGAAAAAACUCUUAUAAUAGCUGAUGAUCUUGACUUGAAAUCAACAAAUUUUGGUACUAUAAAAAUUGGUAUUCAUUAUCUUAUUCAUCGUUCAGCUUUAUCUGUAACAGUACAUGCAUGCAAAGAACUUAUGAAUGUUAAUCAAGGGAAUUUACCGGAUCCAUAUGUACGUCUUUAUUUAAUACCGGAUUUCAAACGCGAUAAAAAGAAAACAAAAUCUAUUCAUGGUACACUUAAUCCAACCUAUGAUGCUUUAUUUGAAUGGCAAGCAUCAUUAGCAAAAAUAUGUCGACAACGUCUGUAUUUAAGUAUGAAAAAUAAUUCACCUUUAUUUAAACAAGAGCGAACAUAUAUGGGUGAUGUAAAAAAAAAAAGUAUUGCUUGGUAUGCAUUACAAGAGUCAUAUACAAGCGGUGGUGGUAUUAUAAAAGUUAAAUAUGAUACAUUAGAAUCAAAUGAAUAA